UCUGCCAGCCCGGCUCCUACCAAUCGCAAAUCACUUCCUAACCUCCGCCUUUUUAACAUAUUUGAUCACUUUGAUUCUCUAUUCUUUUUUCCUAUUAUUUUUUCGUGCACGGAGGAGGUUUGUGGGUUGUGAUCUUUAUAAUUUUUUUGUUUGUUUUAGUGCUUUCGCUUUUUUGGAGAGUUGUCUUCAUAUUCCAGGCUCUCAAAACAUUGGCUUCAACUGCGCGCUUGCUGGCGCUACCUCACAAGAAGAAAAGGAACAAGACGCAUUUUUUUUUACCCAGUUGGUGAUUUUCUUCAAGACUUGUACUGGAACUUGAUAGUAGCUGCUAGUGUGCUCACCAAUUGUUUUUAUGCUGCUGCACGCACCGUCUACCAACCUGCUACAUCAUUCACUGAACAGUCCACGCUACCUCGGUUGAUUAUUUUAAUAUUUACUCUACCUUUCCCAUUGAUGGGUGUACUGGAUGGCUGACUGUAAGCGCCCCUGGACUUGGCCUUUAAGCGCAAGGCAGCGACUCAGCUCGCCAUCGCAUCAGUUUUGAAAACGUGCUUCGCAACGUCUCCAACAGCAAUAAAUCGACAGUUUUUCGGGAGAUCCAGUGUGGAUUCAACGUAGGGUAGAUUUGACAUUUUGUGUGUCCGGCUGUUAAUCACAGUUUACCGCGUUUCCUUGAGACAUUAUUCACCGCGACACCAAAACGGCAGACAAAAAGUUUCUUUACGUUGACUGAUAGAUAUGGCAAUGGUAGUGUGGAGAGGCUCCCAGGACGAUGUGGCUGACACCCAAGGCACCCUUUCCUCGCAAACCCAAGGAGGACUAUCUCUUCCCACCCCUCAACCAGGCCAGUUGAAUUUGACAGCCUCUCAGGUCGCCCCUCCGACCCCUCAGACUCCCGUCCAAGGACCCCCGAACAACACACAGUCUACGCCGACGAACCAGACGACGCAGCAGUCGGAGAAACAGCCACAGCACAUUGAAUGUGUGGUUUGUGGGGAUAAAUCCAGUGGCAAGCAUUAUGGCCAGUUUACUUGCGAGGGGUGCAAAAGCUUCUUCAAACGGAGCGUACGACGGAACCUCACUUACACAUGCCGUGCCAACAGGAAUUGUCCAAUUGACCAACACCACCGCAAUCAGUGUCAGUACUGCCGCCUCAAAAAAUGCCUUAAAGUUGGCAUGAGACGGGAAGUUUCUCUUUUUACUGCAGCCGUGCAGAGGGGACGGAUGCCACCCACACAGCCACACCACGGUCAGUUCGCCUUGACAAAUGGAGACCCACUGCACUGCCAUUCCUACUUAUCCGGAUAUAUCUCUCUUCUGUUGAGAGCGGAGCCCUACCCGACGUCCCGGUAUGGCAGUCAAUGCAUGCAGCCCAACAACAUAAUGGGCAUCGAGAACAUUUGUGAACUAGCAGCCAGGAUGCUCUUCAGUGCCGUGGAGUGGGCCAGGAAUAUUCCCUUCUUUCCAGACCUUCAGAUCACCGACCAGGUGGCUCUGCUGAGGUUGACGUGGAGUGAGUUAUUUGUGCUCAACGCCGCGCAGUGCUCCAUGCCCCUACAUGUGGCUCCUCUCCUGGCGGCGGCUGGCCUUCACGCCUCCCCCAUGUCUGCGGACAGAGUGGUGGCCUUUAUGGACCACAUUAGGAUCUUCCAAGAACAAGUGGAAAAGCUCAAAGCUUUGCACGUUGACUCUGCUGAAUAUAGCUGCUUAAAGGCAAUUGUGCUCUUCACCUCAGAUGCUUGUGGCCUCUCAGAUGUGGCCCAUGUGGAAAGUUUGCAGGAGAAGUCCCAGUGCGCCCUGGAGGAAUAUGUCCGGAGCCAGUAUCCCAACCAGCCAACACGGUUUGGGAAGUUGUUACUCCGCUUGCCUUCCCUCCGCACAGUCUCUUCCUCGGUCAUAGAACAAUUAUUUUUCGUCCGAUUGGUAGGUAAAACCCCAAUUGAAACUCUCAUCAGGGAUAUGUUGCUUUCGGGGAGCAGUUUUAACUGGCCUUACAUGUCAAUUCAGUAAACCAAGAAGGAGACGAACAAACAAAAGGUGGGGAUGGGGGGCUGCGAGACUACAAUGGUUAUAGCUGCUUUUGUAGAAGGAAUAAAAAACCAACCGGCUGUUACACGGGGCUGGCUUUCAUGAAGAAAGACAUUGACGUAAAUGACUGUGAAUUCCCCCCUCUCCCAAAAAUUGAGACAUCCAGUGAACUUUCAAAAUGGCAGAUACAAGCUCCCAGUGUUCAUGCAGAACAACCUGCUUCGAUUCAUUUUUUUUUAAAGAAAGAAGAAAAUGAAAAAAAAAAAAAAAUAAGGAAAAGGGAUUUUGAUGAUCCUUAUAAGGAAAAUUUAAGUAUUAAGUGCAUUUAAAAACGAUAAUUUGGGUAAAAAGAUUAAAAAAAAAAACUCAUGGAGAAAGGAAAAACGUGAGUUUUCUUUUCUCAAAUGACUUGUCCUGUGUCCAUGUAUAGCUGUGUUUUGUACUUUACUUUGUUCCUCCUUUCUGGUUCCAAACCGGCCUAUGUGAUUUCUGUAGUACAGGUGGUGUUAUUUUCUAAGACAAUGAUUUAUUUUGAAGCGGUGAAAUAAUGUAAAAAUGUUCUAAAAAGAAUUAAAACCACAGCAAUAGGAAAAUAGGCUUAUAAACUAGGCUUAAUGCUGCAAGCGCACUUAUAUUCUUAGGAUGACCAAUACCAUCUGGGAAAAGGGUUUUUUUGGAGUUCAUGUUCAACUUUAUGACCCAGCGGAAACAUUUGCUCUUUAUUAUUAAUAUGAAGUCACGGGAUCCACUUGUUUUCCACUACUGUUUUAGACUAAAGCUACAUCAGCUCUUUGAAAUUAAGGAUUUGUUAAGUCUGACGGUCGCAGACACGAACAGUUUACACGAUUUAACUUAUUUGGCGUAGUCUUCCUAUGCACCAGCCAGCGCUGACAAUUUGGCAUCAGUUCCCCAAUUGGAUAGACCUUAAAAAUCGACGAUGGUAAAGAAAAGAAAAAAAAAAAUCACAUUCGUUACCAAGACCUACUGUUAUGGUUUGCUUAUUUGAGACAGGGUGCCCUACAUGCUUUAUAAUAUAGGCUACCUAUCGGGGCGUCUGCAGUGGUUCAUACUGCACUGAAAACAAAACUAGCCAUAAAAGUAACCUGUUUAAAAGGGGGAAAAAUUUGGAGAGGUCAAGGGUCAUAAAAGUUUGAAGCCUAGCCAGAGUAGUGUUAAUAGCAGUAUUAUUAAAGCGUCCCUGAAAUGUCACCCUUUAUUCACUUCAAGCAUUAAGUGCCUGACAAGCAUGAUGUGAUUUCUUAUCAAAACGUUGUUAAAGUAGGCCUAUAACAUUUUGGGGAACACAUUUAGAUUUGAAACUUCAGUCGUAUGCUCGUGUAUUUCACUUGAAAACAUUGAUUAGAGGCAGUAUUCUUGUAAAUAUAGGUCAAUUCAUUUCAACAAGUUUUUUCCUUUAUACAAAGUAUAUGUGAUUAAGAAAAAUCUGUGGUUGCCAUUUUUUUCUCGGUAAUACAGCGUCUUCAAAUUGAGUGGCAGACUUAGCUAGUAGCACUGAAAGUUGUUUUUAAUGUAUAUACAUAUUACUACAAAUGUUUUCUUUUUCAUGUAUAUUUAGACUGUGAAUGCAUGGCCACAGGUCGCUAACCUAUUUUACCUUUGAUAUAUAUAAAUGUAAAUGUUUUUUUUUUUUUUUUUCCUUUUUUUUGGUUUUGUUUAUUAUUAUUAUUAUUUUUUGACUGUAUAGAUAUAAUCUGUGCAUUCAGUACACUAGCCCUUGUAUUUAAAAAAAA